AUGGCUGAAUAUCAAAAUGCUACAAAAAUUCAUGGAGGUUCAGUUCUUGGUCACAAGGUAAUCCAUCGUGACCGAGAAGCAGCAGCUCAUCGUCUCUUCAACGACUAUUUUUCUGAAAAUCCAACAUUCAACGAAGGAAUGUUUCGUAGACGCUUUCGAAUGUCUCGAAGUCUAUUCCUCCGUAUUGUUGAUGCUGUCAAAAAUCAUAAUGAUUUUUUCGAGCAACGCAUGGAUUGCACAGGAAGAUGGGGCUUGUCCACACUUCAAAAAAUAACAGUUGCCUUUCGAAUAUUGGCAUACGGAGUACCAGCAGAUGCUACUGACAAGUAUAUAAAUAUUGGUGAGUCCACUGCAAUUAAAUGUGUCAAGAAAUUCUGUCGUGCAUUUGUGAAAAUAUUUUCUGAUCAAUAUCUAAGAUCUCCUAAUGCUAAUGAUGUUGCUAGACUACUUUAUAUUGGUAAACAACGUGAAUUUCCAGGAAUGUUAGGUAGUCUUGAUUGUAUGCAUUGGAAGUGGAAAAAUUGUUCAACAGGGCGAGAAACCGCCUCCAGAGCCAGCGCCGGCCCCGGAGAAGAGUGA